AUGCGAGCUUUCCUCCUCCUGACAGCGAUCGCGACAGCAUCAGCCGUCACAUGCAACAUUGCCAAGAAGAGCGAUGCCGCCAUAGGAAGCUGCGGAACGAAAACCGUCCAGUACGGCAGCUGUCUCUCGAAAAGUGAUGCAGACACAAACCUUGCCGCUGCCAUUGCAGGCGCAGCUCUCAUGGCUUCAACCGAUGCUACUUGUGCCACCUUCUUCUCUAGCAUUUGUGCAAGCUACGGCUUGACCGCAAAGGCCACCAAGUGCUCGGACCUAUGCUCUGGGUAUGCAUUUUUGUCAGGCUGUACUUCAGACUCCCAGUGCGCAACGACGACUACUACAGUGGUGGACUGCUGCAGCAAGAGGAGGUCAGACAUCUCAAACUUCUGCACCGUCGACUCAGCCAAGCUUGACUCCAUCAUCGCUUCUGAAAAAUCCAAAGCAGCAUGUAGUGAUACCAACUGCACCUCAGCGGCGCCGAGGACCCUUUCGUCGCUGUACAUUCCUCUGCUGCUGUCGUUGCUGGGGUAUGCGAUGACCUCUCGGCUGUGA